GGAAAGGAAAGAAAUUCAUCUGUGUGAUAAGAAAAAUACGAUGAGUCAACAAAUGUUGCUUCUGGGUAUAUUAGUAAGCAUAGUUUCCAUAGUUUCUUCCCAUGUCGCGAACGAUUUCAAGUUAGUAAGAUCCCAUAUUUUACACGAAGAAAAAUUAGAAGAAAGAUCCUCUAAUAAAUUAGACGAUGAUGAUCAGUCACUGCACUUACAUGAAAAUCAUCAAGGACCUUACACAGGAAGUUGCAAAGGAGGAUUAGAAUGUGUACCAUUUGUAAGCUGUCCAGGUCAUUAUUGGGUGAAAGAUAAAGCUUAUUGUAAAUCUGUUGUUGGUAGGAAAGGUAUCUGUUGCAGUUCUGGAAAAAAUUUAACAAACUCUGUGACCAACAUAGAUAGAGCUCACCGACCUCAUCACUUAAGCUUGGAUUCGACAACUCUUGGAGUUCUGACGCAUAAGAGUAGAGCUGCAAUGGAUCGGCUACGAUCGCAAGAAAACAAAUUACUUAUGACUGAUCCUAACGUCAUUUUGGAACCAGGUUGCGCCAGUUAUAGCCAUUUCAGAAAUUCAAGAAGAUCUAGUUUUACCGAUGUAGCAGAAGUUAUAAGAAUUGGAAAUAGAGCAUUGGAAAUUGCUGUCGCCACCACGGCAUUUAAAGAAAGGGAGGGUGUGAGCAAUUUAGAGCUAGAACAAGGACUUUUGGACCAAAACUUAGAAAGCAGCCCGUUGGGACGCUUUUGUCCCCAUAGACCUCUUUGUCCACCUGUCGAUAAUAAAUACAGAAGCAUUGAUGGUACUUGCAAUAACGUAUUCCACACAUUAUGGGGAUCUUCUAAAACACCAUAUAGUAGACUAAUGGCGCCGUAUUAUGAUGAUGGGGUCUGGUCACCAAGAACUUCUAUUUUGGACAGACAUGCUCUACCAAGUCCAAGAUUGAUUACCAGCCAGGUUUUUAAUAAUAGAGAAGCAAAUAAUGAGGAAUAUACUUUACUUCUUAUGCAAUUUGGACAAUUCAUUUCACACGAUAUUUCCCAUUCAGUCGAUUUUACAUACAACAACGGCAGUGCCAUAUCUUGUUGUACAAAAGAUGGAAGAGAUGCCUUACCAAUAGAGAACCGUCACUAUGCGUGUAUGCCCAUUAAAUUGCCGAAAACUGACACAUUUUAUGGAGGCUUCAAACGAAAGUGCAUGAACUUUGUCAGGACAGUCUUAGCACCCCGUGAAGACUGCACAUUAGGAUUUUCACAACAGAUGAAUGAAGUGACACACUUUUUAGACGGAUCUACGAUUUAUGGUUCAACUCCAGAACAAACAGGACAGCUUCGAAGUUUUGAAGGAGGCAAACUAAAGACUUUUAAUGAUUUUGGUAGGGAGCUGUUACCAUUAGCCAACGAUAAAGACGCGUGCCUUACCAUGGAAGCUGGGACUGCUUGCUUUGAAGCAGGGGAUACCAGGGCUAAUCAAAUGAUUACGUUGGUGGCACUGCAUACAAUCUUCAUGAGAGAACAUAACCGAAUUGCUGAGAUGCUCUCGCACGUGAAUCCUCAUUGGGAUGACGAAGAGAUCUUUUUAGAAGCCCGCCAAAUAGUAAUUGCCGAGCUACAAGUUAUUACAUACAAAGAGUUCUUACCCAUCAUACUAGGUGACAUAACAAUGGAAGAAUUUGAUCUUAGUCUGGAGGAAGGUUUUGAAUAUUAUUACGGUUAUGAUCCAAAAGUGGAACCAUCCAUUAUCAAUGAGUUUUCUACAGCAGCAUUUAGAUUUGGACAUUCAAUAGUCGACGGAACCUUAAAAAUUUAUGGACUUCACAAACUGGAAGAAAUGAUAUCCAUUCCUGAAGUAAUGUUCUACCCAUCCCAAAUGAGGAAAAGUAAUUUUUUAGAUAAAGUAUUAGGUACCCUUACAACAGAACCUAUACAGGAAGUGGAUGGAUCUUUUACAGAAGCAUUAACAAAGUAUAUGUUUAGAGCUGGAAGUCCAUUUGGAGUAGAUUUACCGUCGAUAAAUAUUCAAAGAGGUAGGGAUCACGGAUUAAGGCCGUAUAACGAUUACAGGGAGUUAAGUGGUUUACCAAGAUACAAGUCCUUCAGAGAUUUUGGUCCUGAGUAUGGCGAACGGUUAAGUAAAGUAUACUCUACUGUAGAUGACGUAGAUUUAUGGGUGGGAGGAUUACUAGAAGAUAAAGUUGAUGGAAGCUUGGUUGGCCCAGUUUUUAGAGAUAUCAUCGCAGAACAAUUCUUAAGGUUACGGAGAGGAGACCGUUAUUUCUUUGAACACGAUCCAAAUUCUAGUCCCGGUCAUUUUACUCCAGAUCAACUAUUUCAAUUAAGGAAAGCUUCUAUGUCAAGAAUUAUUUGUGAUAACAGUGAUCACAUCUUGCUAUCACGUCAAGCUCCAAAUGCGUUCAGAAGACCUGGAAAAAGGAACGAAUUCGUGGACUGCCAUAGUAAUAUCAUACCAAACAUAGAUCUUCGAUACUGGGCCCAAUAGAUAUUUACACUAUUUUUGAGAUUUAUUCGUUAUAAAUAGUAUUUAUUCGUUUUAUUAUCGUUAACUUUUGUAUUUUUAUGUAUUAUGUAUAGUUUUAUCUUAUGAAUGUUCGAAAAUAUUAUGAUUAACUUUUAUCUUUCUGUAUUAUGUAAAGGUUUAUCUUAUUAAUUUUUGAAAAUAAAUUUUGUCAGGAUUUUACAAAA